CCUGUAAAUAAUUUUUACAAUAAAGGACAGAAGAGGACAAUAUAUUACUGGAGUCUGAGCCAGAGAGUGAGAGUAAAAGGGAGGAGAGGAGAAAUAAAUAUAGAGAGGUGUAGGCCUACUGCAUCUCACCUGGGAUUGUACUUCUACGAAUGGAAAGACGUUUCACGUGGUGCACCUGCGGAAUUCUGGAACUGAGACAAAGGUUUACAGCUGAGACUGACUGGAAGUUUAUAUAAACUGCACACUGAGAAGAAGAAAUGCCAUAUAUAUCGAAUCAAAUAUUGAAUUUAUAGAAUAACAGAAGUCUACUGCUGUUAGGAAGGAAGUUACUGGAGAUAAGCAGUAACACACAAUACAUAGGUAUACCUAGGAGUUAUUCAUCAGAAUAGGCUAGCUGCACGGAUAUAUUGAUCUGUCUGUCGCUCGACUGAAGAAGGGACUUUUCUUUUGAAACAAGUAAGAAGACAGUAGACGACAUGUCAGGAGAGGAGCAGAGUUUGUCUGAAGUGGAGAUGAGUCCUGGGGCCUCGGACGAUGGUCACUCGCUGUCGCCGGGUCACUCCUCCGGGGCGGCGGGUGGGCGGGACUCACCUCUAUCCGGGCCGCAGGUGCAGAUGUCCGGCGUUGGCGAUGAGGCCGGCGGGGCUUCCGGCGGGAUGGUGGUCAAGUCGGACGACGACGACGACCGCUUCCCCAUCGGCAUCCGUGAGGCGGUCAGCCAGGUGCUGAACGGCUACGACUGGACCCUGGUGCCCAUGCCCGUGCGCGUGAACUCGGGGAACAAGAGCAAGCCCCACGUGAAGCGGCCGAUGAACGCCUUUAUGGUCUGGGCCCAGGCGGCGCGACGCAAGCUGGCCGACCAGUACCCUCACCUGCACAACGCAGAGCUCAGCAAAACGCUGGGAAAACUCUGGAGGCUCCUGAACGAGACCGACAAGAGGCCGUUCAUCGAGGAGGCCGAGAGGCUGCGCAAGCAGCACAAGAAGGACUACCCCGAGUACAAGUACCAGCCGCGGCGCCGCAAGAACGGCAAGCCCGGGUCCAGCUCCGAGGGCGACGCCCACUCCGAGGGCGAGGUCAGCCACAGCCAGUCGCACUACAAGAGCCUCCACCUGGAUGUGGCCCACACUGGGGGGGCGGGGUCACCGCUGGCCGACGGACAUCACCCCCACUCGGCAGGCCAGAGCCACAGCCCGCCCACUCCCCCCACGACCCCCAAGACCGAACUGCAGUCUGGGAAAUCAGCGGAGGGGAAGAGAGAUGGCAGUGGCGCUGGGGGGUCCCGGGGAGGGCUGGGGGCUGGAGGGGAGGGGGCAUCUGGGUCAGGAGGGAAGCCCCACAUCGAUUUCGGCAACAUGGACAUCGGGGAGAUCAGCCACGAGGUGAUGGCCAACAUGGAGCCGUUUGACGUGAACGAGUUUGACCAGUACCUGCCACCCAACGGGCACCCGGGCGUUGGGCAAGGCGGGGCAGGCGGGGCGGGGUCCUCGGCCUCGCCCUACGCGUAUGGAAUCUCCUCGGCCCUGGCCGCCGCCAGCGGACACUCCGCGGCUUGGCUGUCCAAGCAGCAGCAGCCGCAGCCGCCACACCACCAGUCCCCCUCCCUAGGCGCCGACCCCUCCAAGGCCCAGAUCAAGAGCGAGUCCGGGGCGGGGGCCCACUUCACGGAGGCCGCCUCGGGCGGGUCCCACGUCACCUACACCCCUCUCAGCCUCCCCCAUUACGGCUCUGCCUUCCCCACCUUGGCAUCCAGGGCCCAGUUUGAGUAUGGCGACCAUCAACCCUCCGGUUCCUACUACGCCCACUCGGGCCAGCCCUCGGGCCUGUACUCCGCCUUCUCCUACAUGGGCCCUUCCCAGAGGCCCCUGUACACGGCCAUCACCGACCCCAGCAGCGUGCCUCAGUCGCACAGCCCGCCGCACUGGGAACAGCCUGUCUACACCACCCUCUCCCGCCCCUGAGAGCGGGUGGUGCCCACAGGAACGCAGAUGUAGUCCUGGUUUAGUUUCAGAUUGGGAAGGGGGGGUGUGUCAGUCCCUACGGUCCUUUGUAUUUUUGGGUUUGAUUCAGAAAGACUGGGGAGGGCAGGGGAGUUAAGGUAUAUAUUUAAAGGUUUGGGUCUUUUCUAGGAUAAUACGGGGCGGUGUGUUACCCUUUUCCAUGUGAAGUAGAGGGUUUCAUCCUCCAUUGGAAAUUAAGCUUACACCAAGUUUGAAAAAAUAAGAAUGAAAGUGUACUGUCUUCCCCAGUGUUUUUAGGCAGAAAGAAAGCAGAAAGAAGAAGCAGGGCAGAAAACAAAAUGUUCUAAGAAAGACGCAGUACAUCAAAAAUCUGUCUGUCUACACCUGAGGCAUGAUGUGUAGCAAUAUUGUCAUGAAACUUUUUUAGUGCCAUGCCUUCCACAUGUACUUAUGAGUGUCUCCUCCAUUAAAAAUAUUUAUGGUACAAGUAUUCAUAUUGUCAGACCAAUUUGUCAUUGUUAGGUUUUUUUUAAUGAACACCACCAAAAAGUCUUCAGGCCAAAAAAUGAAAGACCAAGAGAUGAACGUCUUUUCACUAAAAAUACAGUAGUGUAAGCUUUUGUUCUACAUAGAUUAUUCUAGCACAAACACAAGGCAGUUUAAAAUUAAAUUUGUCCAAAUUACAUCUGAUAUGUUGUGCAUAAAUGUACUGUUA